AUGGAUGUGGCAGGCGCAAGUGCUCAAAGGAGCAUCCUCGACUUACCAGGAUCCCUCGGGGUUGAAGUGGAAGAUGUUGUCCCCUUUGGCGACGAGCACACAAACACAGCAAAUACAGGUACCGGGAUCCUCCUCGUGGCUAAAAUAUGUGACGCCCUGAUGAACUGGGGUGGCUACAGCGACGAGGAUGUUCGCAAAGUCGCCAGCCUCGUCGCGAGGAACUUGAUCACCUGGGACUCAUCACACGUCAAGAUCGAGCCUGAUAUCAGUAUCGACGAGCACAGCAAGACGGUCGCCUCGGUGCUCAAAGCGCUCCUUGACCCUGCUACCCCGCGAUCGAGGCAUGUCCACAUAAACUCCAAUGAGCCAGUGCUGCUAGUCAAUUUCGAUCAACCUCUCCGGCCCAAGGACAGAGACCGGGUCAACGACGUGAUCGAUAUGACGGUCGAGCAGCUGCAACAGCAGUGGAAUAUCUGGCCCGUUCGGGUUUAUGGCCGUGUUGGCGCGGUCAUACCUGCAAAACUAAGUGACACUGCUAGCUAUGGAGCUAUGCGUGGCAGUGGCUUUUCCAUAACACUGCUGAAUGUCGUGAACACAGACAUUGGUGGCCCGAGCAUGCCCCAACUACUCGAUGCCUCAUGCGAUGCUCCUGAAUGGACGAGGUAUGUGAGGCGGCAGGUGUGGAGGGGACGGGACCUUGUGAGUCGGGAGUCGGGCGAGGGAAACUGGAGUCAGCCUGACGAUAUUGCUGCCGAUAGCGAAAAUGUGUCUGAGCGAUCGUUUAGGAGCGAAAACGAUGACGACGAUGACCAGUCUGUGGGCUCUGAUGCUCUCAACUUGGCGCUUCCCAGGAGUCCUGAGGGGCCUAACCCUGUGAACUGGGAGGAUGAAGCGGCUGAAGAGCACGAAGAGCUAGAUCCGGAGACCUCUACUCAUGAAGAGCCUCAACAGUCCGCCCAUCUCGAGGAGAAUUCGGCCAAAGGCGAUAUUGAUGAGGACGAAAAUGAUGUGCACGCCGCUCGAGCCACGGCUCAGGAUGAACCGCCGUCGCAGGAAGUCGAGGCCCCUGAGAGACAUAUCAGGCAUCCGACGUGGGAGCGCCACGACGACAGCACAUCCCUGAUCGACCUCAUUAGAUCGCAGGUAUCGAUGAUUGCGCCAUUCGGGACGGAAGACGCAGGACACGGUGUCGGGGAUAUCGAGGGUGAAGUGGCCAAGUCGAGAUCAGAGGGGGCCGAGUCACCGUCUACCGCUGACGACGAGUUUAUCGUCGUUUGA